AUUCAGUCUCACCGCCUCUGUAAAGUGCAGGGCUCAGUGUAUAGUGCCCUCAUUUGUCAGUGUAUUGAGAUUGACCUGGACGUCAGCAACGUCAGAAAAAAUCUCGCCAUGGAAUCUACCAAAUUCUUGACUUUGUUUUCUUUAGCAAGCAUUUCAUUUCUUGUAACAACCCCCGAGGUCUUAUGUGAUAAAAGCUUUGAUAGCCCAUCCGAGACGACAGAAUCUUUCUCUGGGAGCGGCGACUUUGAUACGAGCAUCGUCGAGUCUUUAGUCGAAAUUGGAGAGAACGAAACGGUGAGCGCGAAUCAAACGAGAGAUGCCCUGGUGAAAAACCUGACGAGCGUGGGAGAUGAAAUUGAAAAAUCCGUAACUGCAGGCAAUCAAGAACAAACCCUUGCUCUCCUGACCGACUUCAAACAUGUGUGGUUUCAGCUAAUCAACAAAUCAAGUGGCUGGUACGGAGUUGAGCCGCAAGAUUUGAGAAUAUACGCAGCUAAAAUCUUGUUUCUUGCAAAGGAUCGACUUUGCGAGUCUCCAGAUCAAACUUACUUUAACGACCAAUGUAUUCUCAUUGGCGAUACCGAGCACUGCCCAGAAAACAUGGAACUCAACGACGGACCCAGGAACGAAGGCUUUUGCGACUGCCUAAACAUCGAAGGUCAAGCGCUCUUUUAUUCGGAUGAAACCGGCAGUUGCCAUGUUCAAAACACGCGGGGCCCCUGCAGAGAAGGUCAGUGGUUCGUGUUCAGAAAGGCACCGCAGUGCGAACCGGUUCCUGACGGAUGUCCAGCUGACGGACAGCACGUUUACUGGAGCCCGGAUGAUUCGGCGUCCAAAAAGUGUUGGGAAAUCGGGUGCCAGGGACCUUGCUCCCUGGAUCAAAUUUUACACCUGGAGCAAAUUACGGAUGACUUGAAUAUUUAUUGCAGGACUCUGUCGGUCUUUGCAGUUGGUCCAGCCUCCCUUGCGUAUUCCCCUUCCUGUCGAGUAGGUACAUUGCGCAAUCGUUUAAGGAAAUGUAUCCGUGGAUUUUGGGGGUAAUAACCAAUGGCAAUUGGUCUAAAUGAUGAAAUAUUAAAGAGAGACGUUCCAUAUAAUAAACGUACAUGUUAUUCACGCGUCUCUGUCUUAUUUGACAUGCUUUAAUGGUAAUCGUAAAAGUGAUUUCUGUUCAAA